AGGGCUGGGCUAGCGAUCACAAAAAUCACAAAAGUCGAUAGAUCGAUCUAUCCACAAAUCAAGCCAGCCACCUACGUACGUGUGCAACUCGCCGGAAUCAAGCUUUGAAGAUGGUGUCCGCGGACGUGGCCCGGAGCGUCGUCGGCAUCGUCGGCAACGUCAUCUCCUUCGGGCUCUUCCUGUCGCCGGUGCCGACGUUCUGGGGGAUCAUCAAGAAGAAGGACGUGGAGGAGUUCAGCCCGGUGCCGUACCUCGCCACCAUCUUCAACUGCAUGCUCUGGGUCUUCUACGGCCUCCCCUUGGUCCACCCCAACAGCACGCUCGUCAUCACCAUCAACGGCAUCGGCCUCGCCAUCGAGGCCGCCUACCUCGUCACCUUCUUGCUGUACGCGCCAAACAGGAAGCGCCUCUGGGUGCUCGCCGUGCUCGCCGCCGAGGCCGUCCUCAUGGCCGCCCUCGUGACCGGCGUGCUCCUCGGCGCCCACACGCACGACAGCCGCUCCAUGAUCGUCGGAAUCCUCUGCGUCAUCGCCAACACCUGCAUGUACGCAGCCCCGCUCAGCGUCAUGGGCAAAGUUAUCAAAACCAAGAGCGUCGAGUACAUGCCCUUCUACCUCUCCUUGGUCGGAUUGCUCAACGGAGGCUGCUGGACGGCCUACGCCCUCAUCAAGUUCGACCUCUACAUCACCAUCCCCAAUGGCCUCGGUGUGCUCUUCAGCAUCGCCCAGCUCAUCCUAUACGGAUGCUACUACAAGUCCACCCCAAAGAAGGCCAAGAACGUCGAGCUGCCAACCAUCGCCGACAAAACCCUCAGCACCAACGUCUAGCGCACCCUCCUGCGCAAGGCCGUCCGUCCUCUAGUUUCAGCUACAUGCAUAUGUUAGACUUAUAUAUACUCGUAUACUACUAGCCAGUUCUUCCAUAGUUCAGACAUAUUAGUAUCUUCUACUUUUAACUGGUGGUGUUAGUCUUCAGUUAAUUCAUAGGCGUACCUGUCUUUGGUCCUUAUUAUUAUUCUUGUCUAUAUACGAUUUUCAUGAUAUUAUGAUUGGGUUUAUUUAA